AUCGACUCAAGUCCGGGCCUUCCACUCUUCUUCCCUUCCCUUCCGCUUGCUUCCAAACCAUAUAUAUAUCGCUGCGCUACCGCAACUUUCCGAGUAUAGAAUUAUCUCUGUUGAGCUCCAGACACUUCUGUUCUUCCCUGUUAUACUUGCUUCUACUCUCGAGUCGCAUUGCGGUAUUCGGCACCCGCGCUUCUCCGCACACCGACCCGAAGAUCACCAUUAUCGGCUUGACUCAUUCACAUUUUGAAAGGAGUCAAUUCCAACGUCCAAACCAAAUCUACUGUCCCAAUUGCAUACACCAGAAUAAUCAGUCUCAAGCUUCAGCAUAUCUACGCUCGGUCUCAAAGAAACAAGUACCUACGCCACAUAUAUCCUUUGCCCCGCUCAAGUGAGGGGCAUAUCUUCGCAACUCAACAUGCCUGCAGACACCGAUCCCAGUCUUCAAUUCGAUUCAAUUGAAGAUACAAUUAAGGCUUUCAAUAAUGGAGAAUUUAUAAUUGUGCUUGAUUCACAAGACCGUGAAAAUGAAGGCGAUCUUAUUAUUGCUGCCGACUCAAUUACCCCCGCUCAGAUGGCUUUCCUGGUUCGCUUCACAAGUGGUUUAAUUUGCGCGCCCGUAUCCCCCGAAAUCGCCAAUCGACUCAGUCUACCCCAGAUGGUGCUUGAGAAUGCAGACCCGAAAGGAACCGCAUACACGAUUUCCGUCGAUUCUAGUGACCCAUCCGUUACCACCGGUAUCUCCGCGCAGGACCGCGCCCUCGCAUGCCGAACACUUGCCUCCCCGACUGCCCGCGCCGAAGAUUUCCGGAGACCGGGCCAUAUCAUCCCCCUCCAGGCCAGGAGCGGUGGUGUGCGCGAAAGGAGAGGACACACUGAAGCCGCAGUCGAGUUCUGCCGUCUGACUGGCAAGGUACAAGCUGGUGUGAUUGCUGAGUUAGUGGAGGACGGCGAGCUGGUCCCGGGCGUCCCAGAGAUCGGUGGCAAUAACGGUAUGAUGAGACGUGAUGGGUGUUUGAAGUUCGGCAAGAAAUGGGGCAUUAAGGUAUGCACCAUCGAAGACCUGGUUGAGUACGUCGAGAAAACAGAGGGUAGUUCUGUUGUCACAAAUGGCAAACAGUAAGAAGUUCGAGCGUCACAAUGUUUUUUUUGUAUAGCCCUUUUUCCCUUUAUUGUCAUGUUUAUAACUAUUCUUCUCGGCUCUUUUUCCCUUGCGGAGUGCAUGUUUACGACUCGUUUAUGAGGCUGUUUUAGUAUAUACUAUUGCUAAGCAACAGGUGGAGGUUGGGUGGGCAAAAGGACAUCUAUUGAAUGUCAGAUGGCCAUACUUCUCUCAAAUUAUAGAAUGGAUACGACAGGGCAAUAUGAA